AUGAACUCCUCAGAUCCGUCUAGAUUGAGACGUGAGCGCGCCGCCGCUGGCACAAGGAAGACGGCCUUGUUCUCCCCCUUUAAGAAGUCUCCACGUCUCGGCUCUCGCUCGCUGCUCUGUUUUUCACUACAGCACAUCUCUGGAAAUGAACUACCUGUGUUUUUGAAAAUUUCUCCUUUGUACCUCAUUUCAAAAGCAGAAACAAGGCAGUGCUUUAUCCCUCCUUCACAGCGGCCAGAUGGAACAUGGCGGAAGGCACGACGUGUCAAGGAUGGAUAUGUGCCACAGGAGGAGAUGCCACUUUAUGAGAGCAAAGGCAAGCAAUGGGCUAAGAGCCGAUCAGAGUAUCCGGUUGGGCUGAAUCCCACAGAUGUUGCUGCUGCAAAGGCUCGUGUGCAGGAACGGGAGAACUGCAUUCCAGGGCUCGCUCCACAGGCCAAGCAAGGAGGGUUAUCUAAGUCCCAGAAAAAGAAAGCAGCCAGGAAGAAGGCAUCUACAGCUGAGAUAGAAAUCACGAAUGCCCUUGAGGACACCCACAUUGCGGAACCUGCGUCAGGGAAAAAGCAAGCAGUGGCCACAGACCCUGCCAAACGGUUACGUAAUCUCAGGAAGAAGUUGAAGGAUACGGAGAAGUUGGAAAGACAGAUUGAGAGUGGAGAGCUGAAGAACCCUGAACCGGAGCAGCGAGAGAAGGUCAAAAAGAAAGCUGAGCUCAUUCUGCAGAUAGAAGAGCUGGAGAAAGAAGUGGGAAGCAAUUAAUCUUAGAAGAGUGAGAGAAAGAGAAGAAAAUAUAAGGAAUAUAAAUUUAUAUAAAAAAAUGUAGGAGAAAGACAGAAAAGUGAAAUGUUUGGUAGAUAAAUGUUGACAAAGAAUGAUUUGGAAGGAAUACAAAAAGUAACAAUUUGUGAUGUAAGGUUUAAUGUUAGCUGGGGAAGAUGCUUCAGAAACAGCUUUUUAGACUUUUUUCUUCUUUACAUUGUCACAAGCUUAAGUUAAUAAAUAUGAUGACACUUGAACAGAGAUAUGCAAUAAAGUCCUGCAAAUACUGGAAAACUAAGAAGAAAGAGCUUUGUAUUAGUAAAUGAGUGAUAUUACAAUGUAUUGAGCUUGCAGUGAAGUUAAUGCAAAGGGAGCAUUAGUGAUAAUCACAGAAUGAAGUGUUGUCAGCCAUAGAGAAAUAUGAAAAUGGUACUAUUCACAAUUUUUAUUCUGGAAAGAUUAAAAAAGAAAAAUGCAGAUGUAAAUGGUUGAAAAUUAAUGGUGAAAAUACUUAAACAUUUACUUCCAGUUGUAAUAAGUUGUUUUAUGACUUUGGAAAUUUUAUCUUUUUACUGGUUAUCAACAUAUUUGAAAAAAGAUAAUGGUAUGAAGUAUUUUUUUUUGCCCCUAGAUUAUGAGGUUUAUAAGAGUCUAGUAUAUGAGUUUAAAAGAUAAAUAGUAAUAGGAGUUUGUAAUUGUUUUGGUUUGAUGUUUAGUGUUUGUAAUCCUUGUUAUUUUUAGUAUGUUGUUGGUUGUCCUCUUCACUGAAAUAUAUUGAUUGCUACACUAUAAGAAAUAACACCCAGACAUGAUAUUAUGUUUAAUAAACAUGAAAAAGAAAUGUGUCCAUGAAAUAUGAUAAACUUUUUGCAAAUUUUAUACAUGCAUUUAAGAAAGAGUUCUGAAGCCUAUAUAUAUACAUAUAUUUUUCUGAUGUGUAUGGGAUAAUUUUUGUUUUUUCAUUGCUGUUUUAGAUGUUGCAUUGUGGGAACUGUGUUGCAAAUAAAUUUUUCUCAAAGCUAUUAAAAGUGAGUUAUUGAACAGGUUUGAUUUUUUGAAAAGUAUAAUUUCAAAUGAAAUAUUAUAAAAGAAGUAGAAAAAGGAUCCCUGUGUUAUGUCAUUGUUACUUUUAUUUGAGAUUUUGUGUGUGCAUUCUAAACUUGUUUUGACUUGUUUUGCUAAUGGCUCAUCUGAAGAAUUCAUAGAUCAGAAGAGGUAUGAUCCACAUACCACAUAAGAGAAGCAUAUAACCUGUGAUUUACCAAGAAAACCCAUUGUCACCAGGUAUGCACUCUGUCUACCGUAAUUUUGUUUUGUGAAUUUUGUUCCUGCUUAGAUGGUUCCACAAGUGGUAAGUCACUAAAUUGUCAAGUACUAGGAUUGCCUGACCUUAUCAGAUGACUCCAUUGAUUUUUUUUCUAAUACUGUUAUUAUUGUUAGUGUUCGUAUUAGUAGUACUAAUCAUUAUCAUUAUUAUAAUAUAAUUAAGAAUACUAAUAGUAAUAAUUAAAAAAAAAGGAAAAGGGUAAAAAAAAUGAAAUGAGGUAAGCCAAGUUAUUGACUCCUUGGUGACUCCAUGCUUGUAGAGCUGUUUAAGUGUAAACAAAACUAAUACACUAAAAACACAGUGGACUGGAGAUGUAUUUACAUGCCCUCCCAGUAUCCAAGGGAUAAACAAUGAAAUGAUCUUUGGUAUUUACACAUGAAGAGGUGCUUGCUGUAGUGUGACUCAAGGAAUUGCAGUUAUGCCCUUAUUUAUUCCAUUUCAUAUAUCCCUUAAAAUGUUUUGGGUUUUCUGCUCCCUAUCAUGUGGGAUUUCUGCUGAAGAAAAUGUGUUGUGCAUUCUUGAAAGACUACUGCUAAUGUUGAAUAAUUUUAGCUAUAAUAGUAUUAUGGGAGUUAGCAGUAACUUUGUAUAAUUUAUAAACUUUUUACGAAACAAGAAGACAUCUUUCAUUUUGUUGGUGUGAAUCAUUUGUUGGUUUGUAAUGCAUAUGAUGAUAAUUUAGUUAUAUUCAAUAAGACCAAGAUAUCAGUUAGGAAAAAUGAGAAAUGCAGUGUUCAUUGUAGUUUCGUUUUGUAAAAUACCUCGACACAUUCAUGGUGCAAGAAGUGCUUAGCUGUCAAGAAGUCAAUUAGUCAGUCUUGUGACUUUGCCCAAUUUCACUUUUCUUUGAUUUUUUUUUUUUUUUUUUUUCUGCUAUCAGUACUCUCAUUAUUAUUAUAUACAUUGUAAUCCUUAUGUGUCAUUAACAUUAUUAACAGCAGUACAAUACAAAAGAAAAUAUUUGUAAAAAACAAGGAAAAUUGUAGAUGGGUGAUAGGUAGUACAAGUAAUUGGCUCAUUGGUGACUAAGUGCUUGUGGAGCCAUCUGUGUGUAAAGACAGUUGACAGAAUAAACUCUUUGUGGGCAUCCCUGGCAGCAUCAGGUUCGCUCAUUGAGAAAAUGGUAUUAAGAGGCACCAAGUUAUUUUUAGACAUUGAUGUGUUAGAUAGAUUUACCUAAUUAAAACUGAAGAAUAUGUUACCUUAACACAAUGAUCCUGA